AUGAAGCAGUUACUCACCAUCCUACCUUUUCUCUUGAGGGCGAAUGCGGUCCCGCUGGCAAGCCCUAAUUCCGAAAGCCCACCAGAUCUCUCAAACCUGAUCGACGGUGUACUCCCCGGACUGCUCGACCCGGGGUCCGGUUCAGGUCCAGGUCCAGGUUCUGGCUCUUGCUCUGGCUCUGGUUAUGGACCAGGUUCAGGCUCAGACUCCGGCUCCGACUCAGGAAUCACUCCUCCCCUCCCAGGGUACACCCUAACCUGGCACGAUGAGUUCUCCUCCUCAUCCUCAACACCCCACUCCGACACAAGCCACCUCCCCUCCUCCUCAAACUGGCUCUUCGACCUCGGAACCUCCUAUCCAGCCGGCGCCCCAGCAUGGGGAAACAACGAGCUCCAAUCGUACACAACCUCGCCGCAAAACAUCCGCAUCACACCGCAGAACACGCUGCAGAUCAUCCCGCGCCUCUCUGCAGGAGACGGCGGCAACAACGGAGGCCAAGGCCAGUGGACAAGCGCGCGCAUCGAAACAAGCUCAACAUCGUUCGCCGCCGCCCCGGGCGGAAAGCUGUACAUCGAAGCGCGCCUGCGCACGGGGUGCGCACCGGCCUCGCACCAACACGGCAUCUGGCCUGCAUUCUGGGCGCUGGGGGAAUCCUUCCGCGCAGAUCCCACGUACUGGCCCAUGGCGUCGGAGUGGGAUUUCGUCGAGGUCAUCAAUGGCCAGCCCACGACCUACAACACGCUCCAUUGCGGGGUUGACUCGGGCACUGGCGGUCCGUGCAAUGAGUAUAACGGGCUGGGGAAUGGGGGCGUUAGCUGGAGCGGGUGUGAGUGGCAUGUUGUUGGGUUUGAGGUUGAUCGGUCCGGUUCUGAAGGAUCGGGAUGGCGGGGGGAGACGUUAACGUGGUUCUUGGACGGAGAGCAAACGCACGUUGUUUCUGGAGCUGAUAUUGGCGUUGAGGGUGUUUGGGAGACGGUCGCGCACCGGGGGCAUUUUCUGCUGCUGAAUGUUGCUGUUGGGGGGAAUUGGCCUGGGUAUCCGGAUGGGAAUACGGUUGAUGGGGAGGAGGUGGGUAUGGAGGUUGACUAUGUGCGUGUUUGGAAUGCGGAUGGGGUUUUUUAUUGA